GCAAUCGCACAAAUACAAACAAAUCUUCGCCGAGAGCCAGAAGAAGCUGCCACAUUUUGGGAAGCAUCUAAAGAACUUCAGCCUGGCUCUUCAAAGAUUUGCUUCACUAUCUGACCCUUUGCUGCGCAUCUUGUGUCUGCUACCAGCGGUACUGGACUUUUUGGCACGGCUAUCAGAUCCAGCAAUUGGAGAUCCUGACGACCAACAAUGGGCCAAAAAGUUGCUACGAGUCAUGACAGGGGAGGGCAGCUUCCAAGCCUUGACUGGCGCAGCAGUGGCGGCUGACAGUAUUCUCGUGGGUCAGAAAUUUCUGCGUCUGCAGGACAAAGCUGAAUCCAGUGCCAUCUUGAAAGCAGCUGAGGCAAAAGCUGUUUUGCACGACAUGGCAGUCAUGUUUCGCGACGAGGCGGUUUUGCAAGACACCGCCCGAAACACGAUGACGCAGAAGGUGCUGCAGACAAUUUCGGACAUUGGUAUUAUCCAAUACCGUGACGGGCCCCGUACUGUUUCAGCUUCCAUCCCGGUGCCUGCCAACAAGAUGGAGAUGCUCAAGCAAAGUUGCCAGAAGGUUUGGGCCGUUUUCAAAUCCUUCUUUGAAUCGAAUUUUCCCGGCCACGAGGUAGUGAAUUGCUACGCAGCUCUGGACCUCGAGGCAGACUUGACAUGGGCCCAACGCAAAGACUUCAUAUACGCCUUGGCACGGCACGAAGACCUCCCAGAAGCAGAUGUAUGGUUGGAAACUCAGCCGAUGAAACAUGGGACACAGAUCAUACCAUAG